AUGAAUACGCCAAAAAUCGAGCGACCGCCGGACGAGAACACAACACUAGUGAAUGAAACGGAACGAAUGGUUCUAGAUUUAAACGACACCUUCUUUUAUCGAACGCUGAACGAAAGUAACUGUACGUUUGAAAAUGGAACGUGUAGUGAUGUGAGUUAUAAUUACUGGGCGUUGUCGUUACUAGUGUUUCCGCUUUUGACGUUAUUUGGGAAUGUGUUAGUGAUAAUAAGUGUGUCAAGAGAGCGUAGUUUGCAAACUGCCACGAACUAUUUUAUUGUGAGUCUGGCGGUCGCCGAUCUGCUUGUGGCGGUCGUCGUGAUGCCGUUUGGAGUUUAUUACUUGUUUAAUGGAGCAUGGGGGCUGCCGGCCGUGGUGUGUGACUGUUACAUCGCCAUGGACGUGACAUGCUCCACAUCUAGCAUAUUCAACUUAGUCGCAAUCUCCGUGGACAGAUACAUAGCAGUAACACAACCAAUAAAAUACGCGAAACACAAAAGCAACGGCCGAGUAUGGAGCAUGAUCUGUAUAGCAUGGCUCGUCUCCGGCGGCAUCGGGAGCCCUGUGGUCCUCGGCCUGAACAAUUCACCAGACAGAAGAGUGGACCAGUGCCUCUUCAAUAAUACGGACUACGUCAUUUAUUCGUCGCUCGGCAGUUUUUAUCUGCCGUGUGUCAUUAUGAUGUUCCUGUAUUAUAAUAUAUUUAAGGCAAUACGCCAGCGAGCGAAGAAGCAACGCUCAGCAAAAAGCACAUCAUCAGGCAUCGCGUCAGCUUCCAGUGGCACUGCGGCCGUAGUCAUCGAAAACUUGGCGCAGACGCCAAGGCUGCAGAGCACAGAACCACCCACGAAUACUGCUUCAGCGUCAGGCAGUAACGAGGAUGAGGAGGACGACAACUUCGACAGAACAGAGAUGGGGGUAUACGCAGACGAGCUGGCAACGACGCGAUCUGCGAGGUUCAUGUUAGCGGCCGUUGUGGAGGAAACUGGCCUGAUCAUGGCGAACUUGGCGUCCCCCAUCCCCAUGAUGGACCCCAACACCAACAAUGACUCGGGGUACGCGCCCUCCAACAUCGACGGGGACACCAAGGACCACACUCCCCCCGCGUCCCCCAAGGAGAAAAAGGAGAACGGGGCGCCAAAGAAACCUGAGCUUAAUCCCCCCGCGUCCCCCAAGGAGAAUGGGGCGCCGAAGAAACCUGAGCUCAAGAAGAAGCUAAGUAACCUCAGCAAGAGCUCAGUAAUCUCCACGCCUCGCCGGCGCUUCAGGUCCGCAGCAUCAGCGGCCAGGUUCACCAUCUUCCGAGCCAACCGAGCUGGGAAACUGCGGGCCAAGAGCUUUGCCAAGAAGGAGAAGAAGGCGACGCAGACGCUCGCUAUUGUGCUGGGUGUCUUCCUCGUCUGCUGGGCGCCGUUCUUCACCUGCUCGGUCUUCGACGCCGUCUGCACCAAGCUCGGGCUCCACUACGGGCCCGGCUACACCAUCUUCAUCCUCACCACGUGGCUGGGCUACAUCAACUCUUUCCUCAACCCCGUCAUCUACACCAUCUUCAACCCAGAGUUCAGGAAGGCCUUCCGCAAGAUCCUCCACUGCGGCACCUAGCCCAUAGAUUAUCUGGUCGUGUAUGAUUAGAUCCCCUGUAGUGUUACCUUCGUUCCUGU